GAGUGUAUUCAUGAGUUAUUAGUUUAUUACGGUGAUAUUAGCGUGGAGACUAGUAGAGUAGAGGAGGUAAACAUAGGAGGUGGAAGAGUGCUUCAUAUACUCCAUCAUGGAAGAGUCUAUCACUAUCAAAGUGGAAGAUCCACACACUCCUGAGGAAGCUGUUAUUAAUGCAGAGAUCACUGUUAAUAACGACCUAGAGAUGACUGCUCCGGGAAACGUGUGUGACAUAGAGUGCAGUGCCUCAACACAUUCCUAUAACGAUUAUUUUGACACUAUGCUGAAGCCUACUUUUGGGUAUGUUAAUUCAGUGGAAAAAGCGAAUGAAACGUUAACGCUAUUUCAGGAACGUACAAUGUCUCGAUUUGUUUGUUACAAAGUGCAAAGGAGUUUUGGAAGAAAUGAUUGGUGUGCAGAUAACCAUAAAAUUCUCUGGCAUCAAGAUGAACAAAAGAUUAAAACUGAAAACUACACUCCAAUGUAUGAUGGCAUCCCAUACAUUCUCCUUGGCAGCAAACUAUUAGAAUGUCAAUAUGGAAUUGAUAGAAAUGUUUACCAGAAACAGAAGCACUACGCAAAAAGAAAUGUAGAGUUGCUGAAGAUUAAAUACCGCCGGCUCCCUGUCUCCAAGAAAGUUAAUUGUCCGGCAAAAAUAGUAAUGAAGGAUGUUGUAAAGUUUCCUAUGUUUAAGGUAGAUAAACAUACAGUGAAUGCAAGAAGAAUCAAGUCCCUACUUCUUCGUCUUGCUCUUAAGGAAAAUCGUACUGAGGGAGAGCGUAGGAUAUACAUCCAGCUACCAGAGGAUUCAGAUCAUUGCAAUCAUCAUAAGAAUCCAAAUAGCAAGAGACCUCGGAGACUAAGAAAAUUGAAAGAUAAUUCCAAGACCGAGCCUCCUCUUGAAUUAAAUACAGAGUUGAGCGACUCUCAGUUUACUCAAACCUUCAGAGUCACAAAAUCUCUGUAUCAGUUUUUAGUAGGAGAGUGGCAGAAGGAAGUUGUAGAGAAGAUGGUGGAAGCUGGACUGCCUGUGGCUGAGCUAAAGCAGUAUGAACAAUAUGUUUUGGCUUCAUUGUACUAUUUUGGCUCUAGUGAAAAUUUAGCCACAUCAUCUUCAAGGUUCAAGAUGAAGACUAUUGAUUUCCUGGAUACUGUUCUCAAAUUUUCCGACUUUCUCAUAAGACAACAAGAAAAGUAUCUGAGCUUGCCAACACUAGAGGAGAGGAUAACAAUAGCUGAGGUAAUCAAGCAUGAUUCAGGAUUCCCCGGGGUCUUUGGCGCUAUGGAUGCAGCUCUUAUUCACAUGCGGACACCACUAAGUCAGGAGGAACAGCAGUAUUGCUAUACUAAAACUGCUUCAGGGUCCAAGUGUGCUUUUGUCAUGCAAUUCAUAGUGGACCAUAGGCUACAUUUUCGUGAUAUUCAUUUGGAUGCUCCCAGCACUGGCACACGCAGUCAGGUGUUUCAGGAAUCAGGUGCUUGGUUUCACCUGCAGAGUCUUACAAGUUCAGAAACACACAUUGUUGCCCCAGGUGUAUAUCCACUGGCACCAGCCAUCAUGACCCCUCAUAUGCUAGAAGAAUUAUCAUACCAGGAGAUAUUAUAUAAUGAUAAUCAUAGAGAAGCCCUCAAGUUAGCAGCUAAUGUGAUGACCAUAUUCAAAUCAAGGUUUAAACGCAUGCAACGGUUGGAUCGCCAUGUUGAAAGCAACAGAAAGUAUAUAAGGGCUGCUUGUAUUCUUCACAACAUUGCUCUUAUGCAUGAAGAUGAAACAGUGUUGGAGGAGUUGUCAUUGGACUACAACAGUGAAGUGGAUGAUGAGGGCUGGCACAAUGUUAGUGUGGAUGAAGUGUUGGCAGAAUUUGGUAUUCUUGGUGGGGAAGAGAAGAGGCACUAUCUCACUACAGUCAUGACAGCUCACCGUGAUCCAACCCUAUCCUAUGUGCAAAUCCCGCCUCAUGUUGGUACUUAGCUUAGUCCUUUAGCCUCUUAGGGUUUUGUAUAAAGACUUUUAAAUAAAUUAUAUGCUUUUAUUAA